AAGUGACUUGCCCAGGGUCACACAGCUAGUGUCUAAGGCCAAAUUUGAACUCAGGUCUUCCAGUACUUUAUCCACUGUGCCCCCAAUUACCUAAAAAGAUGAUUAGUCCUUAGUUUAAAUUAAUUAGUAUUCCUUUUCAUAUCAACUGGGAAACUGUGAUUCCACAACAAACUCCUCAGGUGAUAAUGUAUAGAGUGAGGUCUAGGACUUCAUAAUUUGUGCUUCAUUUCUCUAGAAAGUGUCCUUGAGAGCCCAGGAUGAUUUCUGUACUCUUUAAUCGAGUAGAUGCCAAUUCUUACACAUAAUGUAGUUGUUAGCUUUCACUGUCUAUAAAAAGACUCAGGUGGGAGGGAGGAGUGGAAACAAUUCAGACAAGAAAUCUUUCAAGGCAAGUAGAAACUGAACAUACCCAACAAGAGUCAGAAUAGGAGUUUGAGAAAGAAGGUCCUAAGUUAUUAAGAAUAUGAGGGUUUGACUCUGUUUUCUUGAUUUUUUUAAACCUUUACCUUCUAUUUUAGAAAUAAUACUGUGUUGGUUCCAAGGGAGAAGAGAAGUAAGAGCUGGGCAAUGCAGAUUAAGUGACUUGCCCAGGGUUACAUAGCUAGGAAGUGUCUGAGGUUAGAUUUGAACCCAGGACCUCCCCUCUCUAAGCUUGGCUUUCAAUAUACUGAGCCACCCAGCUGCUCCCUGUUUUCUUGAUUUUUCCCUUUUAUAGAGAAGCAAACUGAGACUGUUUACUGAGGUGUUGUAGCGAACUAAUGAUGUCAUAGAUUUAGAACUGGAAGCCACCACCAAGGCCAAAUUUCCAUUGUCCAGAGGCCAAUUUCCUCAAUGAUGAUGAAGGAACUCAAGGAGGCUCAAAGAUUUGCUUAAAGGUCACAUAGGUUUUAAGUAUUGGCAAUAGGAAUUGAACCAGAAUCCUCUUCAAAUGAUUGCUUUUUCCACUAUACCACACUAAUUACUAUGACAUCAAGGAGGCACAGUAGAGAGAUGGACUUAGUGUCCAGAAGACUUGAAUUCAAACUUGACCUUAGAUGCUGUGUGACCUUGACAAGUCACUUAAUUUCUCUCAGCUUUGGUCUCCCCAUCUGUAAAGAGGGUAUUAUAAUAGCACCUACUUGUCAGAUUGCUGGGAUGAUAAAAUGAGAUAAUAUGCAGAAAGAACUUUGCAAACCUUAACGAUCUAUAUAAAUGUCAGGUGGUAAUUAGCUAUUUUUGUUGUUGUUCGGUCUUUUUAGUCGUGUCCAAUGCUUAGCGACCCAAUUUGGUGUUUUCUUGGCAAAGAUACUGAAGUGGUUUGCCAUUUCCUUCUCCAGCUCAUUUUAUAGAUAAGGAAAGUGAGGCAAACAAAAUGAAGUGACUUGCCAAGAGUCAGUAAGUGAGUGAGGCUGGAUUCGAACUCAGUUGUUCUGAUUCAAAGUCUGAGACUAUCCACUGCAUGAUGCAACUGCUCUUAUUAGGCAUUUAGCACCUAUAAAAUUCUGUGUAUUAUGGACAACACAAAAUAAAUAUCACGUACCAUACCUUCAAAGAAUAUCCCCAGAACCAGAAAUAAAACAUAAAUCAAUUAAGGAACUACAAAAGAAACAGUAUAAUUAAUGGUAAAGAUGUAUGGAAUAGAAAUCUACCAAAAGCUGAAUGUGGGGAAGAGAGACUAGUACUUACAAUGUCUGCAUGGCUAACCACAGAGGAUAGCCUUCCUCCCCAAAAAGUCAUAUGGCUCUGAUAUAGAAGAGUUCUCUCACUUCAUUGUUUCAUUUCUUUUUCUGUAAGCUCAAUAGGUUAGAAAUGAAAAGUUAUUACAGUCAGUCAUGAAAAUCAUAGCCCAAUUUAUCAGUUUGUGUUUCACUGGAUAGCACUAUCCACCUUCUGGUUUGGAUGUGAUUUAUCUUCCGUGGCUGAAUAUUGUUUCUCACAUGUGCUUUGUCAUCAUAAAAAGUCUAACAAAGGAAGAGUACAACAAAUGAAAAUUUUUGUGUCAAAUCUGCAAGGUUUGAGGAGAAUAUUUGUUAUUUAUUGUGGUUUGGAUGGGUUAAAUUGAGUACAUUAGCAGGCAUCCAGUGAACAUGAGUUCAUGUUAGCAACAUUUUUACUUCCAUUCUACCCUAAUUUCCAGAUGCGGUUUGGUACCUAAAACAAAGUGAAAUUUGGUAUGUACCAGACAGAAUGCUAAUUGUUCCUUUGGCCCAAUAAAGAGUUUAAUAGAAAGGACAUGUCUGUUUGAUACACUAGUUUUUGCUCUUUUCCAGUUGGAAAAAAAAAAACAUUUAGUGGUGAAAUAAAUGAUCAGUAGACUGGGAAAUUUGGAAAUCAUCAAGACUUUCCCAACUCCUCUUAAUUCUAGUGCCUGCUCUCUGUUAAUUAUGUCUUAUUUAUCCUGUCCUUGGCUUGUUUUGUAUAUAGUUAUUUGUAUGUUGUCUCUCCAUUAGACUACAAAGUCUUUGAGGGCAGGGACUGACUUUUGCCUCUUUUUUGCAUCUCCAUGACUUAGCACAAGUGUGCUGUAUAUGGCAUAUAGUAGGUGCUUAAUAAAUGUUUACUAUUGAUUGCUUUAUUAAUACCAGAACAGACAGGGUAUUUUGGUAGCACAUAUCCAAACAACCUUUGGAUAGAAAAACCGAAUCAGAAGUUGUAGUUUUAUAGUCCUAGAGGCAAAAGGGACUUUCAAGAUUCAUCCCAUUCGAUACAAUGAUGGGGGUGGCUAUAGAGUACUUAGAGCUUAGUAUACAGCAAAGAUGCCAGGGUCACCUACUGCAUCCCAGGUCAUCCUGAUGUUUUUGUCUUGCCACUGGACUUUGAUGACUCUGGAAAAGAAACUGAGACUGAUGACUUUAUGCAACCAUGCCUCACUUAAAUCCAUGGACAAGUCAAGACAUAACUCCAUAAUGUCAUUAAGCCUCUUCAAAAAUAAAGGACAUGGGGCAACUAGGUAGCACAGUGAACAGAGUGCCAGGCCUGGAGUCAAGAGGUCCUGGGUUGAAAUCUGACCUCAAAUACUUCCUCAAAUAUGUGAUCCUGGGCAAGUCACUUAACCCCAAUUGUCUAGUCUUUACCAUUUUUCUGCCUUAGAACCAAUCAAAUCUAAGAUAGAAUAUAAGGGUUAAAAAAGUGAAAGAUAAACAACAGCAUCCACUUUCAUUUUAUAGAUAAGGAAACUGAGACCCAGGAAAAUAAAGUGACCCAUGAAUCUGUUUGAACUCUCAAAGAACUUUAGAAACUAAAACAUUAUCUUUAUUCAAAGAAAGAAAAACAUUUCUCUUAGGACUUGGAGGGGGGGGAGAGCAAAAUUUUUUUGCAUAAUUUAAGUAAAAUCCAUUUCAAACAAUAUUAGUCUUAUGUUUGGUCCAAAUAUUCUCUGAUAGCUAUAUGGUUAAGAUUCAGUGUCUCAUUCUUAGAUAUUGGAAAGAAAAUGUUGGCUUCACUGAUCCUGAGUUCCCAAACUACUGUGCCAACUCUCAACUAAUUUACAAUUAUGCACAUGAGAACAAAAUGGUAGUAUCAUCAUGUUGUAAGUACAAGACAGCUUUAUGAUGUGGCAAACCCCCCCAGUGAAAGUAGAAAUCUGGGGACAGCUAAAUGGAAGAAUGGGUAGAGAACCAGGCCUGGGGCCAGGAGAUCCUGGGUUCAAAUUUGACCUCAAACACUUCCUAUCUGUGUGACCCUGGGCAAGUCACUUAACCCCAAUUACCACUCAUCUGCCUUGGAACCGAUUUUUAUAUCAAUCCUAAGACAGAAGAGCUUCACGAAACAAGUCUGAGAAAAAGCGUCGUGACCAGUUCAAUGUUCUCAUCAAAGAACUUAGCUCCAUGCUUCCAGGGAACACUCGAAAACUGGAUAAAACUACAGUGCUUGAAAAAGUCAUUGGAUUUUUACAGAAACACAAUGAAGUUUCAGCACAAACAGAACUCUGUGAUAUUCAGCAAGACUGGAAGCCUUCAUUUCUCAGUAAUGAAGAAUUCACCCAGCUGAUGUUGGAGGCAUUAGAUGGCUUCAUCAUUGCAGUGACAACAGAUGGAAACAUCAUCUAUGUAUCUGACAGUAUUACACCACUCCUUGGGCAUUUACCGUCAGAUGUCAUGGAUCAGAAUUUGUUAAAUUUCCUUCCAGAACAAGAGCAUUCAGAAGUUUAUAAGAUGCUCUCCUCUCAUAUGCUUGUGACUGACUCUUCCUCUCCAGAAUACUUAAAAUCUGACAACGAUUUAGAGUUUUAUUGUCAUCUUCUCAGAGGCAGUUUGAACCCAAAGGAAUUUCCAACAUAUGAAUACAUAAAAUUUGUAGGAAAUUUUCGAUCCUACAACAAUGUGCCUACCCCCUCUUGUAAUGGCUUUGACAAUGCAGUGACAAGGGCUUACCGCUCCCCACUAGGAAAGCAAAUCUGCUUCAUCGCAACUGUUCGUCUGGCCACCCCCCAGUUUUUAAAGGAAAUGUGCAUAGUUGAAGAACCUUUAGAGGAAUUCACUUCAAGACAUAGCCUGGAAUGGAAAUUUUUAUUUCUGGAUCACAGAGCUCCACCAAUCAUAGGAUAUUUGCCUUUUGAAGUGCUGGGUACUUCCGGCUAUGAUUAUUAUCACAUAGAUGACUUAGAACUCCUAGCCCGGUGCCAUGAACACUUGAUGCAGUUUGGCAAAGGAAAGUCUUGUUGUUAUCGGUUUCUGACCAAAGGACAACAGUGGAUAUGGCUCCAGACCCAUUACUACAUCACCUACCAUCAGUGGAAUUCCAAGCCAGAGUUCAUUGUCUGCACACACACUGUAGUCAGUUAUGCAGAUGUUCGAGUGGAAAGGAGGCAAGAACUACCUCUGGAAGAUUCAGCCUCUGAGGUUGUCGAUUCUUCAACACUAAAGGUACCAUAUCUCUUGGACAAGGGGGCAAGCUUGGAUCCUCAACAACACUUUAGUGCACUUGAAGUAGGAGCCUCUGUCCUUAACACUAGCCAGUCACCAUCAGCAUCUUCAAGAAGUUCUCACAAAUCCUCCCAUACACCCAUGUCUGAGACUGCCUCCACUCCAACCAAACUAAUCACAGAAUCCAGCACCCCUUCCUUGUCAAGGACCUCCAGCCUACCACAAGAAUUGCCCAUGCAAGGGCUCAGCCAACCUGCUACAAUGCCUGCUUCUCUGCCUUCUCAGUCAUCUUGUGAGCUUCUUACACAGCAUCUGCUGCCUCAGGCUGUUUUGCAAAGCCCACCUACGCCCAUGACACAGUUCUCAGCACAAUUUAGCAUGUUUCAAACCAUCAAAGACCAGCUGGAGCAGAGGACUCGGAUCCUGCAGGCCAAUAUUCGGUGGCAGCAAGAAGAACUGCAUAAAAUCCAAGAGCAACUGUGCAUGGUCCAGGACUCCAACCUUCAGAUGUUUUUACAGCAGUCAGCUGUAUCCCUAAGUUUCAGCAGCAUUCCACGGCCUGAGCCUCAGCAGCAACAGCAGCUACAGCAGAGGUCAGGGGUGGUUUCCCAGGCACAACUCAUUCCUAGUCCUCAACUUCCAGGGCAAAUUACAACUUCCCAAAUAGCAAAUCAGCAGCUGCUACGGGAAUCCAGUGUGAUAGCAAGCCAGGGUCAAAAGCCAAUGAGAAGCACACAAGUCAUGCAGGGAAAUGGCCAUUCUGUGAGCAGCUUAACCUCACAGUUCAAUAGCACAGCCUUACUCCCACAAGCGCUGAGCCUGGCCACACCUGGUUCUGUCACCCAGGAUACUGGACAGUGUCAUCCCAGCCCGGACUUCAGCCAUGAUAGGCAACUCAGAUUGCUGCUUAGCCAACCAAUCCAGCCAAUGAUGCCUGGGUCAUGUGAUGCGCGGAGGUCCUCAGACCCUGGUGGCACAGGACGACAAGUAAAAUAUCCUCAAAGCCCAUCUGGCUUUCCAAGUCUGGAAGUGCAAACCUCCAGCAGCAGCACCUCGACCCCUAUUCUGCUGAUGGGACAGGCUGUGUUACACCCUGGCUUCUCGGCCACACAGCCAUCCCCCUUGCAGCCCCUGCAGCCCCAGCAGCCACCACACUAUCUACAGGUACAAACACCAGCCUCUUUGCACAAUGAACAACAAGACUCUCUGCUUCUGCCUGCUUACUCCCAACAGCAAGGGACCCUGGGGUAUCACCCCACACCCCAGCAGCCCCCGCCGCCUCCACCUCCGCCGCCCCCGCCGCCACAUCCGUCCCGAAGGCCCAGCAGUCUAUCAGAGUCCUCGAGCCUCCAGCCGCCGCCCCGAUAGGGCCCCAACAUGACAUCAAUACAUAAUCAGCUUUAACCAAUGGACAAGAGAGGGAGGGGCAGAGGAAGAACGGAUUUUGCAUCUAAACUCUUGGCUUUUGCACACUGCAGAAUACAUUUCAGAACUCCUAGAUCCGAACACAUCUCAGAGUGCAGGUUGCAGCGGGGGGAACAUGAUCAGGAUCUGGACGUCCUUGGUUGCCCCUGGCUCGGUGGAUCUCUGAUGUACUCUACAGCCAUACGAUGACCACUCAGACUGGAAAUGAACAGUAUUCUACAUGAACCCCAUCCUUGUUGGGUAAACACUCGGAGAAAGCACUUUUUUGCCACAUCCUUGUGAGCACAUCCAUGUUACUCCAGCUGACUGUGGACUGUCAAUAAGAGAUAUUUGGCCUUUAUUCUUUCAAUCUUCUUUCCUUUGCAUUUGAGAAGCACUUCGUCAAAGAUCUGUGGAAGAGAGAAAGAACAAGAGAUUAUUUUUAUUAUUGUUAAUUUUUUUUUGCACAACUGCACAGACAAAAUAACUUAGGCACUUUCUGUAUAAAAUAAAAAAAUAAAUAAAAGUCUAUUUACUUCAUGCCGUGACCAACAAGUACAAAAAUCAGCAGGCAGAGCUGGUCAGACUCUCCAACCUGAAAUUAACGGAACAGGCCUUUAACCCUUCCUGUUCUGGUGACUGUUUGGUCUCUUUCUUAAGAAAAUAACACUGGACUAUACCUGUUUACUUUAUUAAUUACAACUACAAAGGAGGACUCAAACUGUAAGCACAAUCAUGCAGCUGACGUUCUGGAAUUCUAGCGAGACACACAAGAACACAAAGAAGAUCCAUUUCUGCCUCCCAAACAGCCCAUCAGCUCUGUUUGGGACUACAGGUCACUGGGGAAAAUGCACUGUGUUUUGGCCCACUGAAUGGGGAUGCUGCAUCUUAUUACAUAUCUUUCAUGAGAAAUACCUAGGAUUGAAUUUUCCUUUAAGAAAUGCACUUUUUGCUUUUUUUGUAUGUUUUGUUAUGUUGAGAUGUUUCUAAAGAAAAGAUUUUAUGUAAUUAUAAAACAUAGUGUAUUGUACAGCUGUUGUAAUAAUGACCUAUUUCUAUAAAAAAUAAAAUUGUAUGGAAUUAUGUGUAAAUUAUUUUGUAUCUGAAACACCAGUUCAUUUCACAACUAUGAAAGUUUUCUUGUGCUUUUCUGUGAGUGGACAUUUUGUAAUAAAUUAACAAAUUUGUACAAUU